AUGAAUAUUUGUUAAGAUUCAAAGAUCACUUGUUAAUUAACAGAUAUAAAGACAGAAAGUAAUUUUAAUGAUUUCGAAUAAAUUAUCUUUAAUAAUGAUUCUACAAUUGUAAUAACGAUUUAAAAAUCAUAUAUUUAAGCAAGUAACUCAAGGAUAAAUAUUAUUCUCAACUUUAAUAUUUAACAUUUUCAAAUCCACUCAUAGCAAUACCAAAAUCAUAAAUACUUAUAUAAUCUCUAAAUAACUAGAAUGCAAGAAUAUUUAUACUUAAUAUUGAUUAUAGUUUAGGUUUAUGUUACAAAUUAUUAUUGAAUAAAAAUGAGAACAUACUAUUUUUAAACAAAUUUAAUGAAGUUCGCAUUUUUUUAAAAAUAAAUAAUUGGAUUAAAGUGUAUUGUUACAUUACAAUCACUAAGCAAUAGGGAUAUAAUUCAAUAAUUAUGUUUAAAUUUUGA